UAAGACUAGCAACUGAUCCUUGAAUUUUGGGGUGGGGAGCAAGGAGAGGAGGGAUGUAAAUAAAAGCGAAUACCCUCUGAUUUUCAGUCUGUCUCCACGGGCCAGACAGAAGCCCUUGGAGAGGGCUAGCUGGGUCUCAGGAAUGCUCCGGACGGGACUCCAUUUCCCAGAGUCCCAAGGUACCCUGCCUUACUGGGAGCGCCCAAGGCCUGAGCCUAUGGAUGUGGGAGAAUCUGCGCAUGCGCACGGGGCUCUGAGCGGGGUGGGGGCAGAGGACGUUCAUUCAGUGAUCAGAGUUCACCUUCAGAGGUCACGCUACUCCUCCUCCGUGCUCUGCACGUGCCAUCUCGGCAGUUUGCCAGCACACACCGCCGCCUGCCACCCCGUGGUACUGUGCCUCCCUCCGCAUCUGCUGCCUGUGGGCCCCACGCGAAGGAGAUGGUGGCAUUUGAAGACCUGGUGGUGUAUUUCACCUGGGAGGAAUGGGAGGCCAUGACCCAUGCACAGAAGAUCCUGUACAGGGAGGUGAUGCUGGAGAUCUACAGCAGCCUGCUUUCCUUGGGGUUCUGUGUUACCAAACCUGAGUUGAUCUUCAAGUUGGAGCAAGGAGGAGAGCCAUGGAUAUUGGAAGAAGACCUAAAUCAGAGCCUUCCAGUUACCAUGAGAAGGGAUUGUCUAAUUAUGAACAACCAGGAAAACAAAGGCAAAAAUUUAAAUCAGGAUGUUAUAAAAUACAACAGGACAUCAACUCCCAAAUGUGUUGAAUUAAGUGCUUUUCUUAAUUCAAGUUCAAGCCAUAUGACAAAACUGAAGGGAAACUAUUCAGGAAUGAAACCUGUGGAAUGCAAUAUAUUUAAAAAUGUGCAUCUGCCCAGUGGAGCUGAUGAACUUGAAGCUGGAGGGAAAUUUGAUGCCAUUAAAGUACCUGGGAUCUCUCUCCAGUGCUGGGACCAUCUUAGUCAGCAUCACAAGAUUCUGUCUGUGACGCAGACAUUGGAACAUAAUGAAGAGAAAGCCUUCAAUAGUAUGGAGAAAUUUUGUACAUCUGAGAAGGUUCAUAUGCUAGAGACCUGUAAUAAAUCGUCUGUCACUGUUGGAAAGGCAACUCAAAUAGAAAAAAAAUUCCAUAAAUAUUCUAACCUCAGUAAGCACCAACACACCUACGAAAGAGAAAAACUUGGUGAGCCUAUUAGGUCUGUAGCAUCUGGCACUUACCAAUCACAUUUUGCAAUAAAUCAGAGACAACAAAUAGGGACAAAAUCCUAUGCUUGUAAACUUUAUGGAAAAUCAUUAAGUUGUAAAUCCUGCCAUUCUAUCCAUCACAGUGCUCACAUACAAGAAAACUUGUGUGUGAGUAAUGAAUGUGUCAAAACCACUUACCAGAAGUCAGAUCUCAUUAGACAUCAGAAAAUUCACAGGCAGAAUAAACCUUAUGAAUGUAAUGAGUGUGGAAAAGCCUUUCUCCAAAAAUCAGACCUUGUAAGACAUCAGAGAAUUCACACAGGAGAGAAACACGAAUGUAAUGACUGUGGAAAAGCCUUUUCCCAGAAAACACACCUCAUGGCACAUCAGAGAAUUCACAGAAGAGAGCAACCGCAUGAAUGUAAUAACUGUGGAAAAACCUUUGGCUAUAAGUCACACCUCAUGGCACAUCAGAGAAUUCACAGAAGAGAGAAACCGCAUGAAUGUAAUGACUGUGGAAAAACCUUUGGCUAUAAGUCACACCUCGUGGCACAUAAGAGAAUUCACACCGGAGAGAAACCUCAUGAAUGUACUGACUGUGGAAAAGCAUAUUCCCAGAAAUCACACCUCAUAGAACAUCAGAGAAUUCACACGGGAGAGAAACCUUAUAAAUGUAACGACUGUGGAAAAGCCUUUAGCUGUAAGUCAUACCUCAUCGCACAUCAGAGAAUUCACACAGGAGAGAAACCUUAUGAAUGUAAAGACUGUGGAAAAGCCUUUUCCCAGAGAUCAUACCUCAUAACACAUAAGAGAGUUCACACAAGAGAGAGACCCCAUGAAUGUAAUGACUGUGGAAAAGCGUUUGGCCAUAAGUCACACCUCAUAGCACACCAGAGAAUUCACACAGGAGAGAAACCUCAUGAAUGUACUGACUGUGGGAAAGCCUUUGCCCAGAAAUCACACCUCAUAGGACAUAAGAGAGUUCACACUGGAGAGAAACCUCAUGAAUGUAACCAUUGUGGAAAAGCCUUUGGCUAUAAGUCACACCUCAUCACACAUCAGAGAAUUCACACAGGAGAGAAACCUCAUGAAUGUAAUGACUGUGGAAAAGCCUUUGCCCAGAAAUCACACCUCAUCAUACAUCAGAGAAUUCACACAAGGGAGAAACCUCCUGAAUGCAAUGACUGUGGCAAAGCAUUUGGCCAUAAAUAACACCUUAUAACACAUCAGAGAAUUCAUACAGGGGAGAAACUUCAUACAUGUAACGACUGUGGAAAAGCCUUUUGCUAUAAAUCAUAGCACAUCAGAGAACUCACAUGGGAGGAAUCCCGUAAAUGUAAUCACCUGGAAAAGCCUUUUGUAUAAGUCAGACCUCAGCAGACAUCAGAGAAUUCACACAGUGGAGAAACCUCAUGAAUGUACUAACUGUGGAAAAGACUUUUUCUCUAAAUCAACUCGGAAUUCAUUAGAAAAUUCACACAGUGGAGAAACCUCAUGAAUGUACUCACUGUGGAAAAGCCUUUUUCUCUAAAUCAACUCGGAAUUCAUUAGAAAAUUCACAUGGGGGAUAAACUUCAUGGAUGUAAUGACUGUGGAAAAGCCUUUUUCUCUAAAUCAACUCAGAAUUCAUUAGAAAAUUCACAUGGGGGAUAAACUUCAUGGAUGUAAUACUGUGGAAAAGCCUUUUGUCAUAAUUCAUACCUCAUAGCACACCAGAGAGUAAUGCUGUCUUGCAGCUGCGAGCUUUCAGAAAUAAAGACUCCAUAAUUUGGCAUCUUCUGUAACUCACUGUUCCAAAUAUAACACUUGGAGGCCCCAGGAAGUUUGUGUAUAUCAGCACUCUGUUCAGAUACUGACCAGCCAGCAGCCUCUCUGCCCUGGGUACUCUGAGAGUUCUCUAAGGAGGCACCACCUGAGACAUUCCAGGGCUGGGAGACAACCUUGGGAAGCUCUGACAGCCAGAAGGCAGAGUCUGCUGACCUCUCUUCAUUUUCAGGAGUCAGUCAGAGACCCCUGAGCUCUCUGCUAUGGCCUGGGAUAGCAGUAGGAGAUGGCCCAAGUCCUUGGGUCCCUGCACCCAUGUGGGAGACCUGGAAGAAGCUCCUGGCUCCUGGCUUCAGAUCAGCACAGCUCUGGCUGUUGCGGCCAUCUACAGAAUGAACCAGUACAUGGAAGACCUCUCUCUCUGUCUCUACCUCUCUCUGUAAUUCUUUCAAAUAAAUAAAAUAAAUCUUAAAAAAAAAAACAUUUUAAGAAGCUAUUGCUAAAACCAUUUUAUUGUUCAACCUUGGAUAUUAUUUUAUAUGCAUAUACAUAUUACAUGUCUACAUGGGAAAAUUUAUUUAUUAAGAGCUUUAUUUUGGGGCCGGCACUGUGGCGCAGUGGGUUAAAGCCCUGGCCUGCAGCGCCAGCAUCCCAUAUGGGCGCCAGUUCUAGUCCUGGCUGCUCCUCUUCCAAUCCAGUUCUCUGCUAUGGCCUUGGAUAGCAAUAGAAGAUGGGCCAAGUCUUUGAGACACUGCACCCACAUGGGAUAACCAGAAGAAGCUCCUGGCUUUGGAUUGGCAGAGCUCUGGCUGUUGCAGCCAUCUGGGGAGUGAACCAGCAGAUGGAAGACUUCUCUGUCUCUACCUCUCUCUGUAACUCUUUCAAAUAAAUAAAAUCUUAAAACAAAGAGUCGGUCCUCUGUAUAUAAAGUCA